AAUAGAGGUAUAGUAGCUAAAUUUGUCAUUACUAAAUUAGCUACAGUAAUGAAGUGGCAAAUAACUAAGUGAAGUAAAUAAAAGGACGGAUUGUUUUUUGUUUUUUUACAUUUUGUUUGACAAUAGUGUGAGAAUAGUCAUUAAUUCAGUUUCAAGGGUGAACUCUGCCACAGGGAUGGGGUUCGCCUUUAGCACAUCAUUUGGCCAAAUAACUAUAAUGCACUGUGCACUACAGUAGCUAGACAGACUAAACACAAAUUGAUGCAUUUUAGAGAUCACAUAGUAACUGCACGGGCUGCCAAAUGUUAGCAAAUGGUUGCCAACCGCCAGUAAAAUAUAAAGAAGAAAAGUUAGCAAAUAGAAAUGCAACGCGAAGAUACAAACAUAAGGUGGCUAAUUGGCCUGUUAGCUACAAUGGUUGUCUGUCUGAAACGAUUUUCAUAGCAACCUAACUGACUUUGGUGUCUUGCCUUUUAAUCUGUUGGGUGUUUCAGGUUAGAUAUUGCUAAAUAAUGAUGGCUGAAACAUUAUGAACCACUUCUGUCGGCAUCAAGAGCUUCGCGAAUGACUGAGCGCCGGCGGAGUAUGGGAUCCUUGGUGUCUUAACAAGCGACUGAAGUGGGGUUCAACCAUUUUUGCAUGCAAAAACAAUGGCAAAUUCGACGGGGAAAAAUAUACUAGAUCAGCGAAGGAAAGGACAGGCUUUCCUAGACGAGCUGCGGCAAUUUCACCAAAGCAGAGGAUCGCCGUUCAAGAAGAUUCCUAUCGUGGGUGGGAAAGAGCUGGAUCUGAAUGCUCUCUAUAUCAGAGUCGUCUCUUUAGGUGGAUUUGCUAAGGUCUCUGACAAAAACCAGUGGAUUGAACUUGGGGAAGAGUUUAACUUUCCAAGGAGUUGUUCCAACGCUGCAUUCGCUUUAAAACAGUACUACCUUCGAUACUUGGAGAAGUAUGAGAAAGUCCACCACUUUGGCGAGGAUGAUGAAGAAGCGCAGCCAGGGAAUCCCAAAGCCUCUCUUCCAAUCGGUGCAAUUCCCACCUCUUACAACUACCAGCAACACACUGUAUCAGACUAUCUCCGCCAAAGCUAUGGACUGUCUACAGAUUUCGUUUCCCCAUGCGACUACAACAAACUGGUGCUCUCGCUCCUUUCGGGCCUACCCAACGAAGUGGAUUUUGCUGUUAAUGUUUGCACUCUGCUUUCCAAUGAGAGCAAACGUGCCAUGCACCUGGACAAGGACCCCAAACUGGUCACAUUGCUGCUUGCCCAUGCUGGAGUCUUUGAUGACUCGCUAGGCAGCUUCUCUGGGGUAUUUGGGACGGACUGGAAGGAGAAAACCUCGCGGAACUUUGUCAGGUUCUGGAAAGAGAUGGUGGAGGAUGCUGAAGUCAGGGAGCUGAUCUGGGAUAAGAGCAGCCCAGCACAAGUCUCUGCAGACGGUACAUUGUGUGAGGAACACUGGCAGAGCCUUUUCCACCCACCCCGGAGCGCGGGUAUUAAUGACCUAGAGGCCCAGCGGGUGCUGCAGAUCGCCGUUAUCCUGCGAAACCUCUCCUUCGAGGAGGUCAAUGUCAAGCUGCUGGCGGCCAACCGAACGUGCCUGCGCUUCCUUUUGCUCUGUGCCCACUGUAACCUCAUCUCUCUCCGACAGCUUGGACUUGACACACUGGGCAACGUGGCUGCUGAGCUCCAGCUGGAUCCUGUUGACUUUCGGACAACCCACCUGAUCUUUCACACCAUCACCAAAUGCUUGAUGUCUAGGGACCGGUUCCUCAAAAUGAGAGCUAUGGAGAUUCUGGGCAAUCUUAGCAAGGCAGAGGAUAAUGGUGUUCUAAUCUGUGAGUACGUGGACCAGGACUCGUACAGGGAGGUUAUGAUGCUCCUCACCCUGCCUGACCUCAUGCUCCUCAUGGCUUCCUUGGAGGUGUUGUACCUCCUGGCCCAGCUCGGAGAGGUUCCCUGCAGCAAGAUCGCUUCUGUCGACCACAGUAUAGACCUCUUAGUGCGAUUAGUAUCAGUUGACCUUCAUACAUUUGGACCUGAUGCUCUAACAGCGGUGCGGUUGAUCGAGCAUCAGGCCAAUGCUGAGCAGGCUGCCGAGGUUCGACCACAGCUGGUAGAGCAGGUACCUGCAGCGGUGCAGGCAGCAGCAGCACCAGUACCAAGGCCCCCAGUUCAAUCAGUUCAACCACCACCUGGUAUUGUUGAACUAGAUGGGGAAAAAUUUACACUGCAAUGGCUAAAUGCACACUUUGAGACGAAUCCCGAGGGAUCUGUCUCUCGGUCAGAGAUGUACGCUGAGUACCUGGCCACGUGCAGUAAAAUGGGACGGAACAACAUCUUGAACUCCACCGGUUUCCUCAAAUGUCUACGAACCGUGUUCCCUAACCACACGAUGCGGCGGCAAGAGGAGCCUAAGGCCAAUGGUCAGGUUCAGAUCCUCCUAGUGGGCCUAAGGAGAAGAUCAAUCCCCCUGCCCAUCCAGCUGUAUUACCAGCAGCAGCAGAGUCCAGCAGCAGCUCCUUCAACCUCGGCAGCCCGACAUGAAGCACCUGGAGACCCACAGGCUCCGCCCCCAGGAUUACUUCCCGGGCACCCCAAUCUUGGACCUCAGUUAGUCCGGGCCCCAGGCACCAGCCUCAGCACAGGUGGCACUCCCCCAUCCGUGGCCUUGAUUGCACAGGAACCCCCACAUGCAAGCCACCCAACUGUUUGUCACCCGGUGCCCCCACAGGUGCCUCCACAGUUACCACCAAAUCCUAUGGCAGCAGUGCAGCAGCAACAUCAGCAGCAGGUUCGUCCUGGUCCAGUGGUCCAGAUUCCAACAUCUGUGCCGGUCACCCAAAACCACAGUCCCCAGAACUCUGCCACAUCACCUGCGGCUCAGCAGCAACAGCAUCACUCCCCCAUGAUUUCCACAGGGACCCCUGUCACUCUGUUUCAGCAGGUACCACAGGGCCACAUCCUCACAGCCAGGGUACAAGGUGUGUGCCCGCCAAUCACCCAGCAUUCUCCUCUGCCUCAGACCCCUCCUCUGUCUGGAUCUCAGGGUGGAGCUCCCCAGGUGGAGCCUCAGUGUGUUGCUGCAACAACGGCACCCUCUUCUUCCAUCCAGGUGGGGGGUUGUCAGCCACUAAGCUUCACAGGUGGGCCCAAUUCCCAGGGGACACGUGUUGCAUUUCAGAAUAUCGCCCCCAAACCAGCGCCAAACCAGUCAGGUGGACCAGCAGUCACAAUAUCCACUCCAAACCAGCAGCCUCAGCCUCAGCAGCAGGCGCCGAGUGUAGUAAUAGUCAGCCCCAACCCCCAGCAGAGCCCAGCCUACACCCCUGCCAUACACCAGAUCGUUCUUGCCAACCCCUCUGCCAUUCCUGGUGCCCAAACUAUUCAGAUAGCAGGGCAGCCUGGACCUUCUUCCAGCCCCUGCUCACCUCCUGUUUCUCACUCCACUCCCCAGGUCCAGCCCAAUCAAACUGUUAGUCACACACUCUCCAUGAAACGACAUCAGCAGCAGCCACCUCUCCAAAUUAUUUCCCAAACUCCAUCCUCUCAGCCUACCUCCACUGAGUCCAGCUUGAUCAAACAGCUACUGCUUCCAAAGCGAGGUCCUUCUACACCAGGAGGAAAGCUCAUCCUACCGGCUCCACAGGUGCCCCCUCCCAACAGCACGAUAGCCCCUACUCCACAGGUCAUCUACCAGACAGGCUACAGCUCCCAGAAUCACUCUCCUCAGCCUCAGCAGCUCAAUGUCCAGCUGGUUCCUGGUCAGCUUCCUGCUGCAGGAGCUCCAGCCCUCCAAACGGUCCAGCUCUUGCAAGGCCCACUCAUCUCCACAAGUAGCCCAGCAGCUGCUGCUAUAAUCCAGGGACCCACAGCAGCUGGACAAGUCACAUUCACCGUGGUCCCCAACACUGGCUUCACCACCUCUACUGCUGCUGUUGCUGCUGUCAGCCAGGGUGCUGUAGCUCCAGGCAUUCUCCCUCCUCCAUUUUCUACUGGAACAGUGCCCCACCACGCCCCAGCAGCUCCACCACCACUGCCAGCUCCCCUUAGAGGAGACAAGAUCAUUUGUCAAAAGGAAGAGGAGGCCAAGGAUGCCACAGGGCUGCACAUCCACGAGAGAAAGAUAGAGGUUAUGGAGAACUCCUCUUUGGCAGAAGGAGACUCCUCUAGUGGCAAAACUAGUAAUGGCGAUGUUGCGGCAGGUGCCAAGCUGCUAAAUGGUCGGAAGUGCAUGGAGUCUAAUCUACCUCCAUACCACUCAGGGAACAGUCAGGGGGCACUCAAUGGCCCAGCUAUGGAGAGUCAUCCUGCUAAUGGGAGACUUGCCCUCUCCCCUGGCCUGAACACCCCUCUGGAGGGCAACCCUGACCCCAAAAAGACUCUAGUCAAUGGGGUGUGUGACUUUGAUCGGGGAGACAGUGGUGACAACUUUAACAAAAACAUUCCAAAUCACAUUUCUUCCAAACAGUACUUGGGGAAUGGGGAGGUGGGCCCCUCUGAGAAGAGUCAUGGUUCAGAUCCCUCGCUCCCCCACCAGGACACUGCCAAAGCCCAGCAGAUUGAGCGCCUGGCCAAUGGACCCCAGACGGUAGGCAACAGGCCUCCCUUGGAAUUAACCAAUGGACCUUUGGGGCCUGGCCAUGCUGUGGUAAGACAGCAACUGCUCCCCAACUCCCCCCUCCCCUCCACUGUUACAGUUACCUCCCAGAGUCUUGCUGUCUCUCCUGCAAAUGGAGUGGCCUCUGAGGCUCGAGGCCUCAAGAGGCCAGCUGAGAACGAGGACCGCAGUGCAGCGGCGGCAUCCAUGGGGAUCCCCAAUAAAGUGGGAGUACGGAUCAUCACCAUCAGUGACCCCAACAAUGCCGGCAGCAGCGCCACAAUGGUGGCGGUGCCAGCAGGAACGGACCCAAGCACAGUAGCCAAAGUAGCGAUAGAGAAUGCCACUCAACAGAGGAACUGCUCACCCACACAGGCAGCUGGCUCAACGCCGAUCUUAACCCCGUCCCCACCCCCUAUAUCCCAGCCUACACCAGCUGGUAACCUCAGCCCUCACCUCCCAGCACAGCAAACCUCCGCAGCACCACCAGAGCAAAUCAGGAAAGCAGGACAGAACUUCAAGUGUCUGUGGCAGUCCUGUAAAAGGUGGUUUGAAACGCCGUCUCAGGUGUUUUAUCAUGCAGCAACACAACACGGUGGGAAAGAUGUGUAUGGAGGCCAGUGUCUGUGGGAGGGAUGUGAACCUUUUCCCCGGCAAAGACUGUCCUUCAUCACACACCUGCAGGAUAAGCACUGUUCUCGAGAGGCUUUGCUAGCUGGACUCAAAGUAGAGGAGCAGCAGGCAUUAAGUCCCAAUCAGACUUCUUCCCAGACUCUGCCAGCAGCAGGCAAUGCUCCAGCACCGCGAGCACCGAAAGCAAUCGUCAAUCAUCCGAGCGCAGCUCUCAUGGCCCUACGCAGAGGCUCUCGAAACCUGGUCUUUAGGGACUUCACUGAUGAGAAAGAGGGACCUGUAACUAAACAUAUACGACUAACUGCUGCCUUAACGUUAAAGAACAUCGCCAAGCACUCUGACUGUGGUCGCAUGUUGGUAAAGAAGCAUGAAUCACACCUCUCUGUGCUCGCGCUAAGUAACAUGGAGGUUUCCACCACGCUUGCCAAAUGCCUUUAUGAACUGACACGCUCCCUCCAGGCUUAACGCCUAAAGGAUGACCUCUAUGACCCCCUCACCCCAUCACCCCAUCCCUCUCCCAAGACGAGAGGGGAAAAAAGCCACCAGUAAGCCGUAGCAAGUCUGCAGGGGGAACAGAGGCCAUGAACCGGAACGAAGACCCUACUUCUGCCACCCUCCCAACCCCCCUCUCAUCCCUCACUUCUUCCUCACCAACCUGUGUUUGAACUCCCUCUCCCCAUUUACACACAAAAAUAAACUGCCACGGGGUCUUCCACCAGCUGCCCACCAGGGGGAGCGAUUUAAGACUGCUUCCCUGAGGGUCUCCACCGUCAAAACCCCAAACAUGAGCACAUUUUGUUUAAGUUCUUUUGUUAUUUUAUUUUCAAACAG